AUAUCUUUGACUUUUAGAUUGUUUCGGUUUCAUUGACACUUUCUGAAAGCUCAUCUUCAUCCUCCAUAUAGGUAGAUUGACUGCAAAGAGUGAUGUGUACAGCUUCGGGGUUGUACUACUGGAACUAAUAUCAGGACGACGUGCCAUGGACAGUUCAAACGGGGGAAGCGAAUAUAGUCUUGUGGACUGGGCAACACCGUACCUUGGUGAUAAGAGAAAGCUUUUUCGCAUAAUGGACACGAAACUAGGGGGUCAAUAUCCACAAAAGGGAGCUUUCACAGCUGCUAAUCUCGCGUUGCAGUGCUUAAAUCCCGAUGCAAAGCUCAGGCCGAAAAUGUCAGAGGUUUUAGUCACAUUAGAACAGCUAGAAUCUGUUGCUAAACCUGGAACCAAACACACGCAUAUGGAAUCUCCGAGGUCUCAUCAUGCCUCUCCUGUGCAGAAAUCUCCGGUAAGAUAUUCUCAGGAUCGGCCGCUGCACAACGUAACUCCCAGUGCAUCGCCUUUACCUUCUUACAACAAACCUCCUCGGGUAAGAUGAAAGCACUGAUCGAAGGAAUGCUCUUGCUCAUAAGUUUGUAUGUAUAAUAUAUGUAAAAUGGAGUGGUUGAGAUUCAGGUAUAUCUGUGUAAUUAGAGAGGAGUGAAUGAAUAGAUGUAUACAAAGAUGAAACUAUUUACUCAAACCUUUUUGUGUCUUCAAACAUAUCAGAGUAAACUGAAGCAACAUAUAUGAAAAGGAUGUUAUUAACA